CACUGCAGCGGAUUCUUUCUUUUUCCUGACACGCCAUCCCAGAAUUUCGCCAUCGACGUGCCAUUCUGCACGAUGCUUCUGUCCAAACGACACGUGACCUACGUGGCCUUGACCUUUCCUGCCUUAGUUUACCUCUUCCUCAUGUUUUCCGCCAUCGGCCAGGUCUGCUUCAAGCCGGGCGCAGACCUCCCUGAGCUUAAGGCGGACUAUCUGCCCUUGAUCAGAGCCGGUCGCACGGGAGGGGAGAGAAAUGGCGCAUUUCUGCCGGACUCGGUGGAUUUCAGAAGACUUCUUCACGCGGGGGAUGCGAAACUCAUAUCUCACGCGCCGGCCUCUCGACUUCCGGCGACGCAGAGAAAAAAUGAAAAUUCUAAAUAUAGAGACAACGGAGGCGCCAGACCAGCAUUAAUGUUUAAUUGCACGUCAAUAUCGCGGAUGAAGAUUCGCAACAAGAUCGGCCACGGGGUAUCGAAGCAAGCUUUCGUGGCCGAUUACGCGGGCGUGCAGGUCGCCAUCAAAAUGGUCACGCGGCACAUCCACGAGCUCCGCACGUGUCUAGAAAACCUCAGACGCAUCAAAAUCGCCCAAGCUGCUUUCUCGAACGGCGGGAGAUCUGACCACGGGCAGAAGUCGUCGCGUCGCGUCAGAAGAGAUGGCAACGGUUUUCUGCCGCUGGAGAUUUUGAAAUCGUCCUUGGACCCAGACGGCGGCGCCAGCACGAUUCUUCCAUUGAUCGGAAGCAACCGUACUUUAGGACACGCUCCCCCCGGCAGGCAGUCUGUCGGUUCCACGGCAGACGUCACGGCGGAGGAGCGCCAGCGGUGUUACACGUUCCCCACAGCCCGCCUCAUGAAGGAGAUCCUCCUCUCCGAGCAGCUGCGUCACCACAAUCUCGUCUCGCUGCUAGGAUACUGCGUCAGGAGCGAGGAGUCCGACUCCACGGACAUCUCGGAGCACGGCGUCAUCAGCGUCUAUGAACUCGGGGCGCGGUUUGUGCUGGACAAUUUACAGGUAGGCCGUGUGGAUGAUCUUGACUUGACCCACUACUGCCAUUGUUUACAGUACCAAAAAAACGCCCGCCAGGGUGAACUUAAGAAUAAACGAAACACAGUUAAGGGCCCUUGACACCACUUGGGAUGAAUGUCAUGUUCUCCUUCACUUGCUAAAUCUUUUUUCUCCAUCCCCCUCCUUGUUACAACUAAAUCGAAUAGGACUGCUCUUGCUGUCCUCUCGAAUACGACAUAUCAGCUAAAUAUUCAUAUUGUUAAAAACAAUAUUUCUGUUACUCUUUGUUUGUACUCUUCGCCAAAGAAGGCGUCUUGCCGAUACGUUCUAUUUUUUCCAGUUUAAUCCCUACCUUUUUUCACAUAUUUACUGUUUAAUUGUAAUGACAGGAUGUAACUAUUGGGGGGAAUUUUAACUUUCAAAAGGAUAGCUAAUUAAUUUCCCAAAAGCGAAUCAAAAGGAAAAAACAACUCAUGAUUGUGUUAAAAAUAGAUUUACUGUAUGACACUAAAUUGGAAAUUUAGAUUACGUUCUUCCAUUCAUUGGAAAUCAAAUGAUUUCAUAAGCACGUGUCAAUGUUUUAAACCGUUUACAACGAAAAACAAAAAGUAAUAACUUAUUAAAGGCAGAGACAAAAUUCAAAAUUAUAAACCUUAAGUAUUCGUUUAAAUUGGAUAUUAGUUCCCUCUGUAAAAAAAAAAAAAAAGAAAGAAAUUAACUUAGAAUAGUAAACCGUAUUUCUUGAUGUGAAAAUCUAAUUGAAAACUAAACGUUCUUCCUUCACGAUCACCAGUAGGCCUGUAUAGAGGCAGAGGCUCGACACGAUUGUCUUUGUUCUUACAAAAAAAAAACAAAAAAAACAACAACAAAAACAAAUGAGCAAACCAGGAAAUCACUUGAAUUUGUACACUUGUCCAUUAAGUUCAUGAGCGUACCUAAGCCUUGUGAUAAGUCACUCGGAUAUUGUAACGAUCAUAUGGAGUGAUGAUGUUACUUGUGAUAUUUACUCACAUUUACAGACGUCCAUGAUUAUCUAAACAAGUACGAGAGAACUCCUUGAAUUUGCAUCACAACAUUUAUUUACUAAAUGACGUACACAGGAUGAAAUAAUAUCUCUGUAAACCAGAGCAAAAAUGAAUUGUCAACAACUUCUUCCACUUCACAUUUGUUGAAUUAACACUAAGAUUCUGUUUGCUAUUUAAGUAAUCGCAGCAAAUGAUUAUACAAUGAAAACACUCAACUUUUACUCAUCCUGCCAUUCCUCUGUGUGUCCCAUAACUCUCCUCUUCACUUCUUGUUUCUUCUACUUAACAAAACAAGACAUUCUUCCGAAACAAAAUUAAUAUCUAAAUAUUUGAUCUGUGACAGAGAUCGUUACCUAGUUUAUUGCCAUCACCUGAACGAUUGGCCUGCCAGUUGGUUGUAUUUUUCAAAAGAUAAAGUUUUUUUUUUGUUUUCUUUUCUUGUUGUGUGUGUGUGGCCGGGACAAUAUGUUAUAAACAUGUUUUCAAAAUUACUGUACAGCUUUUCCAAUGCUUUUUUUUUCCAGGAAAAGGCACAUUUCCCUACAAAGAAAACUUGACAUAAAUAAAUAUAGUUUGACAUCAAAGGAAAUCGCCACUUGAAUUCUGGGAUCAGCCUAUGUUGAGACAAAAGAAAAUAAACUUUUGUGUGCAUCUUCUGUCAAACACUUAAUCUCACAAGAGAAUUAAUUAAAAACGACUUUGUCGUUAUAUUUUAAAACUUUUAGAACUUAUCCAACGUCACGAAAGGGAGUUUAAUAAAAACAAACAAAAAAACAAAUUUAAAGCAAUAGCAUAGUUGAUAAGUUGAUACAUUAAUUAAAUAAAUAAAUAUAUAUAUAAAGAAAUAGAAUAGUUGAUAAGUUGAUACAUUAAUUAAAUAAAUAAAUAUAUAUAUAUAUAUAAUAUAUAUAUAUAUAUAUAUAUAUAUAUAUAUAUAUAUAUAUAUAUUAAUUGCUUCUCAUCAGAUUCUUCCGUGGCAAGCACGACUCCAACAUGCCAUAGAAAUGGCCGACCUGCUCGACUAUCUCGAGCAUUCGCCUCUAGGGUCUCUGAUAGUGCCGGACUUCAAGGAGGGCCACCUGGUGAUGGUCAACGGGAGCCUCAAGCUCAUCGACCUCGACGACGUGAACAGCCUUGAACCCGAGUGUGACCCCCAAGACAGCCGGCAGGGUCAGUGCCCGUACAGUCUGAGGUAAGAAUCGCCGGGAAAGUAAUCACAAGAGAAAUAAGCCGAAUUUAAUUUUUGUUAAAACAUAAUCUCCUCGCACCUGCACGUAGUUAGUUCAGAGGGUCGUUUCGUUCAACCCAUAGUUUAUUUAUGCGCCGAAGGCCCUUUAAAAUUUACAAAUAAUCACUUAACUAAAUAUAUAUUUAUUUGGAGUGUUCCAACUGUAAAUCUUCAAUUUUAAUACUGAUAUAAUAACGCCAUAGACAUAGAGCUCUGCACAAACAUGAACCAGUGAAUGUCGUGAUUUUUAGAACUGUGACCGUGUUAAAAGAGUGAGGUUUAAAUGAGGCAUGCCUUCUAACUUUCAGUUCUAUCUAGAUUUUUACCAUCGGGUAUUUCCACUCUGAGGAUUAAGACUAUUUAUCGUCGGGUAUUUCAACUCUGGGGAUUAAGACUUUCACCAUCGGUUAUCUCCACUCCGAUGAUUAAGACUUUUAUCGUCGGGUAUUUCAACUCUGAAGAUUAAGACUUUCACCAUCUGGUAUUUCCACUCUGAGGAUUAAGACUUUCACCAUCGGGUACCUCCACUCCGAUGAUUAAGACUUUUAUCGUCGGGUAUUUCCACUCUGAAGAUUAAGACUUUCACCAUCGGGUAUUUCCACUCUGAGGAUUAAGAUUUUCCCCAUUGGGUAUUUCCACUCUGAGGAUUAAGACUUUCCCCAUCGGAAUUUCCUCUGGGGAUUAAGACUUUCCCCGUCGGGUAUUUUAACUCUGAGGAUUAAGACUUUCACCAUCGGGUAUUUUAACGCUGAGAAUUAAGACUUUCACCAUCGGGUAUUUCCACUCUCAGGAUUAAGACUUUCACCAUCGGGUAUUUCCACUCUGGGGAUUAAGACUUUCACCAUCGGGUAUUUCCACUCUCAGGAUUAAGACUUUCACCAUCGGGUAUUUCCACUCUGGGGAUUAAGACUUUCACCAUCGGGUAUUUCAACUCUCAGGGUUAAGACUCUCACCAUCUGGUAUUUUAACUCUGAGGAUUAAGACUUUCACCAUCGGGUAUUUCCACUCUCAGGAUUAAGACUCUCACCAUCGGGUAUUUCCACUCUCAGGAUUAAGACUUUCACCAUCUGGUAUUUCCACUCUCAGGAUUAAGACUUUCACUAUCGUGUAUUUCCACUCUGGGGAUUAAGACUUUCACCAUCGGGUAUUUCCACUCUGAUGAUUAAGACUUUCACCGUCGGGUAUUUCCACCCUGAGGCUUAAGACUUUCACCAUCGGGCUUUUCCACGCUAGGUAUUAAGAUUUUUACCAUUGGAUAGACCCAUUGACCUUUUCUCCGUCGGGUAUUUCCACGCUUUUUACCAUCGGGGAUAUCCAACCUACAGAUUAAGACUUUUUCCAUCGGGUAUUUCCACUCAGAUUAUUAAGACUUUUACUAUCGGGUAUUUCCAAUCAGAUUAUUAAGACUUUUACUAUCGGGUAUUUCCAAUCUAAAGAUUAAGAGUUUUAUAACGGGGUAUUUCCAAAAUAACGCUUAAUAAUUUUUACCAUCGUGUCUUUCCAUGCUGAAGAUUAAGACUUAGUUACGUAAUUGUCAAGAGAUAGGUUAGAUCAAAUACUCGCAACACACAGACACACACACAUACACAGACAGACAUACAAAAUACAACACACGUGCACACAGACAUAGACAAACAACAAACACGCAUAUAUACCGACAAACACAACGCAGAGAAGAGACACCGCAUGCACUCUCUCACGUAAAACGCACGUACACAUAUAAAGACACAAGCAAGCUCAGCCUACACAUUACACACACACAAGACACAUUAACAUAUAAAAACAUACACACGCAUACAUACAUACAUACAUACAUACAUACAUACAUACACACACUUUAAAAAAAACAAACUAUAGGAAUACCGACCUUAAUAUGUUGGCUAUAACUCGUUAAUAAAUAAACUUCCCUUUGAUUGAGAUCUCUUAACUAUUAAAUUUAGAAGCGGAUUAUUUAAAAGUUUAAGAGCAGAUAGCAUUGAAUUUUGGGAAGAAUAACUCCCUGUACGCACUGGUAGCCCCCCCCCGCCCCGAGGACGUAUCCAUGCAUGUAAUGCGCUUUCCUGGUGAAGCUGUGAGCUAAUGGAGGCCCCCCCCCCUCCCUUUUCCAUCUUUUGCGACUUCAUGUUGCGAUAUCAUCGGCCAUUACACGCCAAGGGGUCGUCGUCCUUGAUGGAUGGACCAGGCCGUAAUUGAAAGCUUACUUUUGUAUACAGGAAAACAUCGUUACAUCAACAUGUUAUGAGAUUCCCUAGCACAGCGGUUCUCGUCCUAAUAGGUCCUGGAUCACACAGAAAAAAAAACGUAAAACACAUUUUUUAAGAAAAAACAACAACAUUCCGUCUGGGGGGGGGGGGUGAGAAAACUAUUUCUGAAUGGUUUCCUCAUUUAGCGAAUCUUUAGCGCCAAUUGUAGGCCAAUGUAGCAGGGGAAAAAACAUAGUUUUAGACAGUGGUGGUUGUGAUUGGGGGGGGGGUGUCCAACCUUAGCCAGCAUUUAAGCGCUGUACAAUAAAAAAACUAUAAUCCGACUUCGGUCAUUUAAAAAAGUAUCUUGAUACUAUCAGAGUCACCCAGACCCCAGUACCCCCCUUCAAAUCCCACCCAGGGCCCGAUUCGAUCCGAAAAGUAUGGCAAACACUGGAUAUCUCACAAAGUGGAAGAAUAAAAUCAAGUGAGAAAAUAAAUAUAAAUUUUUUAAUGUAACACAAUGUGUACCUGGAAUCGAACCACAAAUACUCUUGGAAAAGUUGACAAUAAAAUUAUACAAAGCAGAAGGAAUAAAGUACUGUUGCAUACGCUCAAUACUAAUUCUCAGUCUCCGGAAGUAGGUAGAUAGGAUGACACCAAUUUUAAAAGGAGCGUUCAUGUCCGUAAUGAAUGAAUGCAUUAUUUGUGUACUUUCAAAUCUUGCAGGUGUGCCCGGGCUCUGUGUGAGGGCUUUAACGCCAAAGAAAAUCUGAAGAACAUGAACAAGCUGGUGCUGAAGAGACUUCUGUUCCCAAUCUCCUUCCCGGAGGCCGUCAUACCGAAGAUCGGUCAGCUCAACGCUGACCUGGAUUCCCUGACCUUGUCCGCACACGAGCUCCUGGUCAACCUGACGGAUAUUUGGUCAUUUUUGGAGGACAAGCCAUCCUAA